AUUAAACUUUUCCACUACUCUGAAGAAGAUUUUCUCUUUUUCUUCGAAAUCAAUCAAUCAAUCACAAAACACCCACCUCCUCCUCCUCCUCCUCCUCUCUCUCUCUUUCUCUCUCUCUCUCUCUCUCUCUCUCUCUCUCUCUCUCUCUCUCUAUAUAUAUAUAUACACACACAUAUAAUAUGCAAAUAUAUGUGUUUUUUCAGGGUGGAAUCAUAGUCUUUGCUCAAAAAACUUAGAGAAGAGAUCUCUCUCUUCCCACUUUUAGUAUUCCUUUGCCCCUCUCUCUGUCGCAUCCACUUUCUUUGGCUGUUUUUGUUUUACUCUUCAUAUAUAUCUUCAUUUUAAUAUAUGCACUCCUCCUUUGUUUACACAAAUUAUAUCUAUCUAUAUAUAUAUAUUGAUUGCUUGCAACCCUUUUGAAUUGAAGAGGAUCUAUUGCCUUCCACCUGAUCUAUACCAUCACUCCAACUCACAAAACCUAUAUAAAAAAAAAGCUUUCUGGGUUAAUUUUGCUUAUUUGGGUAGAAGGAAAUUAAUAUAAUUAAAUCAUAAAAAAUGGUGAGAGGAAAAACUCAGAUGAGGCGCAUAGAGAACGCGACGAGCCGUCAGGUGACAUUCUCAAAGAGGAGAAGUGGUCUGCUAAAGAAGGCCUUUGAGCUCUCAGUUCUUUGCGAUGCUGAGGUUUCCCUCAUCAUCUUCUCUCCCAGAGGAAAACUCUUCGAAUUUGCAAGUUCCAGCAUGCAGGGAACCAUAGAGCGAUAUCAGAAGCACGCGAAAGGCAAUCAAACCGGCAACAAAUCCAGUUCCAAUGAACAAAAUAUGCAGCAUCUGAAGCAAAAAGCAACUAGCAUGAUGAAACAGUUAGAGCUUCUUGAAGUAUCAAAACGGAAACUCUUGGGAGAGGGUCUAGGAUCAUGCACUCUUGCAGAACUACAAGAAAUAGAGCACCAGUUGGAGAAGAGCGUGAACAACGUCCGAGCCCGAAAGAGUCAGGUUUUCAAGGAACAGAUUGAGCAACUGAGAGAAAAGGAGAAACUCCUCAAAGCUGAAACUGCACGACUGGUUGAGAAGUGUGGUAGUUUCCAGCCAAGGAAAACAUUGGACGAGCGAAGACAAAACACAACCUACACUGAUAGUAGUACAAGCUCAGAUGUUGAGACUGAAUUGUUCAUUGGACUGCCAGAAAGUAGAGCGAGGCGCUAGCUUCCACUCCGAGAGAGGAUGUGAAUAAUCUAAAAGCCAUGAGCAUCUAUCAUCAAUUGGCUACUCGGUCGCAUCUCUACUUUGUUGAGGAGGUUAUGAGUUCAAAUCCCAUAAACAACACUUGUUGAAUGAAGAUAAGAAGAGUAAUAAAUAUGUUGACUGUCAUCACGGAUACGUCGUCUCUUUUUCUUUUUCAGCAAACAAUACAAAACAUUUUUAAUGUUGGAGAACAUUGGAAAGCA